ACUUAUGCCGGUAGUGCAGCAAAAGCCCGCGCGCUGCCUGUAAAUCGUGCUGGGACCACACAGCUACAGCCGCCUGGCUUGUGGUUGUUGUCUUUUCAUAUAACUUUCGACUGUUUUGUGCGUAGUUCGCUUUGUCUGAACCUACAUCCAACGAAGUAUGCACGAAGAGAGUCUGGUCCUCACACAGUCUGACGCGGGAUAUAUCGACGCUAAGAAGAAGUUCUGUGGGUUUGAAUGGGAAGCCGAAGCGACAGCCGACGUUGAUUAUGUGACCAUCACUCUAUGGUGCAAUCGAGGAGUAGAGGCCAGUUUGUGGACCUGUACGGCAAAUGUCAGCAUUCACAACUUUUUGGGCAUCAAUGGUGAUAAUACUAUGAUAGAGCAGUUCAUACAUAAGUUCCACAGUAAGGAUCGCUCGAAGAGCAUUACGUUUUCUCGCUGUGAGUUGGAAAACGAUAUUAUACUCACAUUGAGGAACCUUCGAGACAUUACUGGAUACAGAGACGCUCUAAUGUUUGAGUUGGACUUUACGAAACCUUCGGAAUCUAAUAAUGUCUGCAUCGUCUUUGAGGACGAAGACAAACGUGUUUACGUUAAUAGAGAGUACCUGUCGAUUAAUUCGCGAAAAUUCGCAACGAUGUUCCCGCCGAAUCGGGAAGAGCUUUCUGCGUCCGAAUCGGAUGGCGACGAUUUUGACGUUCUCAGCAUGCAAGCCGAUGCUGUUGAUGAGUCCUCAGGGGUUCGCGAAGAUCUUGACGUCAAUCCCCUUUCUAGUGGUGACAUCGUCCCGAGGCCAACAUCGGCUGCAAAUGUACACCGGAAAAACGGAGUUUAUCUGUUGAGAGAUGUCAUUAGCGAUGAUUUCAUCACUUUGCUGCGAGCCAUCUAUCCACCAUUCUGCGAAGUUACAGGUGCAAAUUUGGGAUGCCUUCUUUCACUGGCUUCUCAAUUUGGUGUAGAGCAUAUCAUUUGGAAGUGUGAACUUUAUCUGAGGACUGACGAUGGUCGUCAGUGUUUCGACCUUUACCGUAGACUUUUCAUGGCUGUGAAAUAUAGAAUGGCGUCUGUCGAGAGUGAUUGCAUGGCCGCUUUGCAAAGUGCGGAUGAUGUUCGUUCGUUGCUAGAAGAUCCCCGCAUGGAAAGCGCCCCACGAAGAAUGCGUCCACUUCUUUUAGAAACGCUACUUCAGCGUCUCAAGACUGAAGCUUCUCCAGCUGCUCCAAAAGUUAGCGCCACGACGAAGGAUGCGCAAACUUAUGUUUGCAACUUGUUCAAGUCGAUUGGAACUUCGGAAAAUUCGACUAAUGGAGAAUCGCUACAGAAUAAGCAAUGUUCGUCAAACAUGGCUGAUGAAGUUGCUUCUGUACGCAAUGUCUCUUUGAACCCAGAGGGAAUGCGCCAGAAUCUGGAAAUGUCGUUCAAGUGCACGGAGGAUAUUAUUAGAUGUAUGCAGAGGAGAAGCGAAAAUGACGCAAAUGCAAACAGUCAAUUCCCAUCACUUCAAGCUAGCUCAGAUGCUACGAUGGAGACAAGCACAGCUGAAGAGAGGCCUCCUCCCGUCCCACCGCGCAAGAAAAGAUGCGAACAAGCAAAUCGCGAUUUCUUGAGGAAUUUGGUAUUCGAAACGAUCAAUGCUUGCAAACUCUCGAAAGAACAAAGCAUCGUGCUUGGAUACACACGAAAGGCAUUCUCAGCCCACGACAUUUUCGCUGAUCUGGUGCUUCCUCCAUUCAGCUCCAUGAAAACCGUGACGUAUUCGUUUGUCACACAUUUCUUUACCAAGGUGUACGGCGAAGGUGUUGUACAGAUAGUGAAAGCUCAUCUGUCUACAGAACUCAAUGCGUUUCCAUCUACUUUGGCUGAAAGGGUUGCAACCGCAAUUAUUGCCGGUUAUGAGCUCGAUGUGCAGUUGGGCAAUGAUGACUUGCUCAUACACGAGCUCAAAAUCCAUUUGCAGAAACAACUAAGGAGCGAAUUCGUCAUUUUCUGCGAAAACAUCAAAGCAGGCUAUCUCAACGACUCAUUUGCUCAGUCUUGAUUCUGUAAUUUGUGUUAGUGCAUGUUCAAAUACGCUAUUUUCGCAACUGUUCAUAUUAUAUCUUGAAUGUAAUUCAGCAACCUGUAUUUUCAUGUUACCCUUUAGUACACAACACUGCGAAGAUCUUUUGUUUUUCAUAAUUAAUUUUCUUGUCUUUGAGGAUAUGACUUACU